GCAACCCUGAUCAACUAAACUGUCUGUUCCUGCCGGAUUGUUUUAAAUAAACUUUUCGUAAUUAGUGAAUUUAAUUUCUUAAUCUGUUUGUAUUGUUUAGUAAAAAUAUGUCUACAGCUCAAAGCACUAAAAAUUGCAUCACACUGCGUGGUUCAGCUCAAAUAAUAGUAGAAUAUUUGAAAUAUGGUAUUAAUUCAAUAUUAUUUCAACGAGGGAUUUAUCCACCCGAAACCUUUGAGAAUACCCAACAAUACGGCAUAACCAUAUUGAUGUCAAAAGAUAAAAAGAUUGAAGAAUUUCUGGCAAAUGUGUUGCAGCAAACUGAAGAAUGGCUUGCUAAAAAUAUGAUAGAGAAAAUAUCUAUGGUAAUUACAAAUGCACAUACAAAAGAGGUUUUAGAGUGCUGGGACUUUAAAAUGCAGGCCGAAUUGGGGGAUGGCGAAACCACUGAUUCUACUAAACUCACGUCCAGUAAAGAAUUAAAACGAAUACAAAGCGAAAUUCGAGAUGUUAUGCGGCAGAUAUCGGCUACAGUUAGUUAUUUGCCGUUACUAGAUUGUAUUUGCACCUUCGAUGUGAUGUUGUAUACAUUACAAAAUUGCGAGAUUCCUGAAAAGUGGGAUGAAACCGGAGCUGUGUUUAUUCAGAAUGCGCAAGCCGUACAAUUACGAUCUUUCUCCACCGGUUUGCAUAAAGUUGAUACUGUAGUUAAUUACAAGAUGGCCUCGUAAAAGCUUCUCGAAGUUAUUAUCAAUUAUUUUAAAUAUAUGGGACUUUACAAUUUUAAAGACUUGUAAUUUGUAUGUAUUUUCUCUGUAAGCAGUAAUACUUUUUUCAAAUAAAAUUUCAUAUUAAUAAAUAAUGCAAUAAAUUACUAACAAGUA